GCUGGGGCUGCACGCUCAGCACGGCGGGGCGGCUCUGGCGCCCCGCUCCCGGUGCCCGGAGGGCCGGAGGAGGGCGGGAAGGAGGUAGGCGGGGGGCGGGAGUGAGGGGCCCACGUACGCCCGGCGCCGGGAUCGCUCGGCUGGCGGGGAGAGCGGAGCAGGCGCGAGGCCCAGGCGGAGGAGCGCUGACUCCGGAGCAGCCCGAGCAGCCGGAGCUGGAGGAGGAGGAGGAGGCGGCGAGGAGGAGAGGCGGCGGGGAAGGAGGAGGAGGCGGAGAGUCGCUCCCGCCCAGCGAGCAUGGGGUGCCUGGCGCCCAAGCCGCUGCUGCUGGCGCUGCUGUCGCUGGCUCUUUGUCAAGGGCGCGUGGUGAGAGUGCCCGCCGGGAGCCUAGUGCGGGUGGUGGGCACCGAGCUGGUCAUCCCCUGCAACGUCAGCGACUACGAUGGCCCCAGCGAGCAAAACUUUGACUGGAGCUUCUCGGCUUCGGGGAGCAGCUAUGUGGAGCUGGCCAGCACCUGGGAGGUGGGCUUCCCAGCCCAGCUGUACCGGGAACGCCUUCAACGGGGCGAGAUCCUCUUGAGGCGGACCGCCAACGACGCCGUGGAGCUCCACAUAAAGAACGUCCAGGCCUCGGACCAAGGCCAGUACAAGUGUUCCACCCCCAGCACGGAUGCCACCGUCCAGGGCAACUAUGAGGAUACAGUGCAGGUGAAAGUGUUGUCCGACGCCCUGCACGUGGCCGCCAGCCCGCCGUCCUCCCCGGGCCAGGGCCUGAGUCUGCACCUGGGCGAGCCCUUCGAGCUGCGCUGCGCGGCCACCACCACGUCCCCGCUGCACACCCACCUGGCGCUGCUGUGGGAGCUGCAGCACGGCCCCACCUGGCAGAGUGUCCUCGGCCUGACCCACGAGGGCCGGCUGCGCCCGGGCCCUGGCUACGAGCAGCGCUACCAUGGCGGGGACGUGCGCCUGGACACCGUGGGCAGCGACGGCUUCCGCCUCUCCGUGUCCCGGGCCCUGGCCACCGACCAGGGCACCUACAGGUGCGUCGUCAGCGAGUGGAUCGAAGAGCAGGGCAACUGGCAAGAAAUCCAAGAAAAAGCCGUGGACGUGGCCACCGUGCUGAUCCAGCCGACAGUUCUGCGAGUGGCCGUGGGCAGGAACGUGUCUGUGGCCGAAGGGAAGGAGCUGGACCUGACCUGCAACAUCACAACCGACCGAGCGGAUGACGUCCGGCCCGAGGUGACGUGGUACUUCAGCAGGACGCCUGGCAGCACGGUGCCCGGCCCCCACGUGCUGGCCCGGCUGGACCGAGAUUCCCUGGUGCAUGGCUCUCCUCAUGUCGCUCUGAGUCACGUGGAUGCACGCUCCUACCGUUUACUGGUUCGAGAUGUGAGCAAAGAGAACUCUGGCUACUACUUCUGCCACGUGGCGCUCUGGGCACCGGGACACAACAGGAGCUGGCACAAGGUGGCAGAAGCCAUGUCUUCCCCGGCUGGCGUGGAUGUGACCUGGCUGGAGCCAGACUAUCAGGUGUACCUGAAUGCCUCGAAGGUCCCCGAGUUUUCGGACGACCUCACGGAGCUGGAGUGCCGGGUCGUGGACAUGAAGAGCGCAGAGCCGAGCGUCCGGGUCACGGUGUCCUGGUACUACAGGAUGAACCGGCGCAGCGACGACGUGGUGACCAGCGAGCUCCUGGCGGUCAUGGAUGGGGACUGGACGCUGAGGUACGGGGACAGGAGCAAGCAGCGGGCGCAGGACGGAGACUUCAUCUUCUCGAAGGAGCGCACAGACACGUUCAGCUUCCGAAUCCAGAGGACGACAGAGGAAGACAGAGGCAGCUACUACUGCGCAGUGUCCGCCUGGACCCGGCGGCGGAACGACAGCUGGGUGAAGAGCAAGGACGUCUUCUCCAAACCCGUCCACAUAUUUUGGGCAUCGGAAGACUCUGUGCUGGUGGUGAAGGCAAGGCAGCCGAAGCCUUUCUUCGCUGCAGGAAACACGUUUGAGAUGACUUGUAAAGUGUCUUCAAAGAAUAUCAAGUCACCGCGCUACUCCGUCCUCAUCACAGCUGAGAAGCCUGUUGGGGACCUCUCCAGUCCCAACGAAACCAAGUACAUCAUCUCCCUGGACCAGGAUUCUGUGGUGAAGCUGGAGAACUGGACAGAUGCCUCCCGGGUGGAUGGCGUCGUGUUGGAAAAAGUGCAGGAAGAUGAGUUCCGCUAUCGAAUGUACCAGACUCAGGUGUCGGACGCGGGGCUGUACCGCUGCGUGGUGACAGCCUGGUCUCCUGUCAGGGGCAGCCUGUGGCGAGAAGCAGCCACCAGUCUCUCCAACCCUAUCGAGAUAGACUUCCAAACCUCAGGGCCCGUGUUCAAUGCCUCCGUGUACUCCGACACGCCGUCCGUCACCCGGGGAGAUCUGAUCAAACUGUUCUGCAUCGUCACUGUCGAAGGCGCAGCCCUGGACCCAGAUGACAUGGCCUUCGAUGUGUCCUGGUUUGCGGUGCACUCCUUCGGCCUGGACAAGGCUCCCAUUCUCCUGUCGUCCCUGGACCGGAAGGGCAUCGUGAGCACGGCCCGCAGGGACUGGAAGAGCGACCUCAGCCUGGAGCGUGUGAGCGUGCUGGAGUUCCUGCUGCGGGUGCACGGCGCCGAGGACCAGGACUUCGGCAACUACUACUGUUCCGUGACUCCCUGGGUGAGGUCGCCCACGGGUUCCUGGCAGAGGGAGGCAGAGAUCUACUCCAAGCCCGUCUUUCUGACUGUGAAGAUGGAUGUGCUGAACGCCUUCAAGUACCCGCUGCUGAUCGGCGUCGGCCUGUCCACCGUCGUCGGGCUCCUGUCCUGCCUCAUCGGGUACUGCAGCUCCCACUGGUGUUGCAAGAAGGAGGUCCAGGAGACACGGCGCGAGCGCCGCCGGCUCAUGUCCAUGGAGAUGGACUAGGCCGGCGCCGGCCGAAGCAACGACGGGGACGGCCCAGGAGCGAUUUGGGCGAGAAGAGGACGGUGGUACUGGAACGUGACGUGCGUUACACUAAAACCCAGUCCUCUCUAAUCUCAGGUGGGACUCGGCGCUCUCUCCUCUGCAUGUCAAGCCCGGAGCGCGGACACGUUUACCAGCACACAGCUUCUCUUCCCACGGCACUUUCUGAGGACAAUCGAGUGUGUCUUUCCCAACCGUGGCUUUUUAAUGGUUAACCUGUCUAAUUUUUUUCUCCUACUGGUUUAUAAAUCUCUGACGUGUGUGUGUGUUUAUAGCUCUUGUGCGGAGGGACUGUGGUGAGGACGGGGUGAUGGCGUUCGUUCGGAGUUCUCUGUCCUGGGUGAGAGCCGGCCUCGGGGCCGGAGGCAGGCGUUGGGGGAGCGGCUAGGCGCCGCACUCUGCGCUACCCCGGAGACAGCACGGACCUGCGCCAGAGGCGAACCUGCAGCUUUCACUGCCCUGCCCCAUCCCCUGUUUCCAGGGGUUCAGACCACAUUUGAAAUCUAAAUUUGCAAUAUGGAACUUCCUAUCGAGCCCAAAUGCAUAUUUUGGUUUUGCUUCUCUGCCCCUUUCCAUUUGUUCGCUCUUUGCUUUCCAUGAGUGUGCUGGAACGGCAGCCCUGGAAUCAAGAAUUUGGCUCUCCACCGAGCACCUUACCUUGCCACCUUAGCCUUAAGAAUGAAUAUGAAGAAAACUACACAGCCACCUCCGUCCAGGGCAGUAAGAAGGUCUGCAAGGAAGAGGAGGUUGGGGACAUGGGAAGGAACAGAGACACUCGGAAAGUGCGGAGGCCCCUGGGGCCCAAGGGGCCCCAGGGAGAGUGGAAGGCGCAUCCUGAGAGCUGGGCUUCUGCACCUUGAGCCGGGAGGGUCCGUGGUGCCAGGGGUGUGUCAGGCGGAAGGAGCCACCUCCAUUCCCCAAUCCUGUCCUUUGCAGGAGGCAAAGGCCUUGGACACCAAGGGACGGCCGGGGGACCCACAGAAACCCCCCAUCCUUCACGGGCCACGUGGUCCCCUUCACAUGAAGGACAGCUGCUGCCGGUGAGACUGGCCAAGUCACAGAAUCAGAAAUUGCCUGGGGGAGCCGUGCAUUUGCUCUGACCUUUUCGGUCCUUCAGGUCUCUGUAAGAUCCCCUGCAAGGGCUCAGUGAGAAGGGGUAGGCUUUGCAGGCUUUGCUUUCCUGUUAGGAACGUGAAGGAAACCCAGCAAUUUAUUGCCACGUGAACAGCCUACAAAGUAGCUCUGGGAGCAGCCUGUUUGGCCUGACUGCUCAGACCGGGAGGAGGACACGGACCGGAAGAGCUCUUCCACUCCCUGCAGCGUCCUGCCCCCAGUGCAGCGCCGGCCCCCUGGCGCAGCGCCGGCCUGCCGAGGGCAUCCAUCCCGGUGGGGCUCUCUGAGGCUCACAGGUGACUCCUGCCCUACUUUGCACUCCUCUGUGCUGCUAUUGUGGCUCUGAAGGAUCUAACGCUCCUGUGUCUUCCGAAGAGGAAAAAAAGACGCGUUUGUUUUGAGCAAUAAAGUUAUACAAAAUGAUGGCCAUUCAUGUACAGCUCUUUGUCGCAGGGGGCUGGAUGAGCCGGACACCCCCUCCCACCCCGCUCCCCCUCCCCCUCCCACCUCCCCCACUCCGCUGCCACAAUUCCUUCUGCACUUGUUGCCGAGUCCCCCCCAGAGGCAGAUUCCCACUCAGUGUCUUCUUUUCAUUUUGCUCACUGAGUGGACCACGCGUGGGAUAGGAACUGACGGUGGCAGCCCAGAUGAGCUCCAGGCACGAAUGACACCUGGGAAGACAGGCAGCAGGCGCGCCCCGGCAGAGCCCGAGUGGCCCGUGGGGAGCAGGAGGCCUCGGUAGCUCUAGAGCCGGGUACUUUCCAUGUGUCAUUACCUAACUCCUCCUUCAGAGGAGGCGGGUCCCAGGUGAUCGUACGAACCAGAACUGGAGAGAGUGCGCACACACACACACACAGGUGCUGUGUUGGGGGCGGCCAGCGCCCUGGAGCCCUGGCACUGACCACACCAACUAGAAGACGCAGCAUUGUUGUAGCACAGGCCUCUCUUGGUAGGAGGAAGGGGUGCUUAGCUUGGGGUGUGCCCGGGUGGCCCCAGAUGUAUGUGAAACCAUGGAUGAGUCACAGCAGACACAGUAGUAGUAAAGGUGACAGGUGCUCACACACUGUACCUUAUCCUUUCCAACUGCUGUUGUAGUUCAAGGCUGGGGAUGUGAAAGCAUUGACCCUGCCCUCUGCCCAUUGGGCUGGCCAAACUGCCAGUCGCCAGGGGGUUAGCCAAAGGGGGAAAUCCCAGGGGGUUGUACCAGGGACCUCCUUCCUUCCAGGGACUUCAGCUUGCCGGGAGUGUGUGUCCUUUCAGAAGUAUGAGCCACACUCUCACGAUGUACCAAAUGGAGCCCCCACCAAGUGAGUGCUCCCCUGGGAGAGGCUCCCCCCAGAAGCACCAGGGCAGACAGAGGGAGGACCCAGCCAGGAUUCACACGGAGGAUGUUGUACUCUGAACAAAAACUUCACAAAAUGUUACAGUUUUUCCCUACUCAUAAAAGUAUCCCCAGAAAGAGCCUAAUCUACGUUCAGAUAGGAGCCUCAAAAUUCCCUUCAAUUGUUUACUUUUAUAAUGUUUACAUACACAUUACACUUAAAGAGAAAAAGAAAAAAAAUGCAAACUCUGACUUUUUAUCAACUUUUCAGAUUUUUCACGGGACAGUGGAACUUUGACUCACCAACUGGAUUUCAAUCUUACUUUAGAAAUGUAUUUAUUUGUGUCUUUUCUCCCCUCCCGUCCACGUGGCUUCCCCGAGACCCUGGUGAAAGAGGCCCCUCCUACACAGACCCUUGUCCAUCCCCCCCUCCCCCCAACCCGUGGCUCUUGCUUCUUGCUUUGCAGAUGGCCUGCAGCCAUGAACUUGUCACUGGCAUCUGUGAGCCAAAGACUGAGCCUUUGUGGCAGGAAUAAUAAGCAAUACUACACAACUUGCUACUUUCAGAAAACUUUUUUAGCUUCACCGAUGACAACAGAGGAAGAAGGGAACUGGGAUUUGGGUAAGUUCUCUUCCGCUGUUUGACCAAAUUCUCAGUGAUGCGUGUUGGGUGCAGAUCACUAGGAGAAAAAAAGUCGACUUUUUCUUUUGUAGCGGGGCACAUAGGAUCUGCCGAAUUUUAUGUAGACAAAGGAAGGGUCUUGUGUAUUUUUGUCCAUAUCCAAUGUUAUAUGAACUAAUUGUAUUGUUUUAUACUGUGACCACAGAUAUUAUGCAAUGCACCAUUUGUUUUUUAUUUCAUUAAAGGAAGUUUAAUUUAAAUUGA